AUGACGGAAGUGCGUGUUCAGCCGUCCUCGUUCGGUCCGCCUGGGCAGACGACCAUGAUCGAGCCGGCAGCACUGCUGCGGCUGAUGCGCCGACGGGUACCGCCAGAGAAGCGGCAGCGCACCGAGAUGAGCUGUGACUGGUGCAAGAAGAAGCGGUGCAAGUGUCUCAGGGGCAGCACGGCCGACACGUGUCGAGCCUGCAACGAGAUUGGCCGGCCCUGCACCACGACGGAGCCACGCAAGCGGCGGGUGUACAGCAGCAUCUCAGCGUCGUCUGGUGCUGGUGGCAGUGUUGACGGUGCCAUUGUCGACGGGCCAGCCCUGGCUGUCGCGCUGUUCCGCCGGGAGUCCCUCCACCUCCACGGCUACCAGGCGGCUACGACGAGGACGACGGCCAUGUCCGGGUCCAUCACAGUCGGAGGUGACGACGCGCCCGUCAAGCAGGAGAUCACCGUGGCUACAGGACCAGAGCGACGACAACGGCAGCAGCAGCUCGUAAAUCAGACCAGGCGAAGGAGGCGAACAGGCAGAGACACCAAAGCCUCGACAACAACGACCAUGAAUACAUCCACCGAGAUGGCCAACCGUCCACGGGGACACUUGUUUGAGGACGGGCUGGGAACAGCCCGCCACGUCGGCCCAGCCGGCUCACACGCGAUGCUGUUGAAGCUGCAGGAAGCCAUGGCGCCAAUACAGACGCAGACGAUGUCGACAGCGGGCCUAACAGUAGCAAGGACUGGCAACGACCUGUCACUUCCGCCGCGUGACGUGGCCGACUCGCUGGUCAGCCUCUUCUUCGAUCACGUGCACGACGACUGUCCCGUGUUCGAACGGUCGCUCUUCCAGACACGCUACGACGCCAUGUGGACAAUGCCGGCCACCGAGGCGGCCGAGCCAGCCUGGUUGAUGUGUCUGUGCAUGGUCAGCAACCUCGCCAAGACACGCGAGCUGCUUCCCGACGUGCUCCUUGGCGGACCGACUCUGACACACGUCCAAGCACUGUUGCUCUACUGCCCCCACCUACACAUGACGUGCAGCCGCGACGGUUGCUGGAACUUGACGGGCGUGACCAUUCGUAUGGCUAUGGCCAUAGGCCUACACCGCGACAGCAAGGCCACCUGGUGUAGCAGCCCUGUCGAGUACGAGCUGCGCCGACGCGUUUGGUGGACGCUACACGCCUUUGAACGGCUCGAGUGUGCAUCGCUGGGCCGCACCUCGGCCAUUGACGACGCCGAUUGCAACGUCGAGACCAGUGUCCAGGCCGACCUUAUGGUCGUCCUAGGGUCUAUCUGCAAGCACCAGUAUGGCGAUGACGAGACUGCUGUCAGUGGGCUGGUGCCAACUCCGCCGGCCAGCACGUCCUCCCGCUCCCGGAAGUCCCAUGUGUCUCACCUCGACUUCGCCGUCGCCACCACCGAAACCCUCGAUCUCUGGCUCGCCAGUCUGCCAGCCCAUCUGCGCCUGCACUCGGAUCUGUCGCCUUCUUACGCUCGUACCAUCCUCAUGCUGCAUAUUCAGUACCACUUCACAGUCGUGCUUCUCUACCGGCCAUUUCUGCUGGCCCUGACGACCACCACAAUGCCCGCUGGCACCACGCUGCCGCCCAACCGCCUCCCAUCCACCUGGUCCCCCGUCCAGAUGUAUGCGCGCAAAUGUGUCAACUCGGCCAAGGCAGCUGCCGCUCUGCUGGGCCGCCUCUAUGAUGCUGGCCUUUUCAACGCCAAGACCUGGUGGGACGUCCACUUUGUCGAGGCCGCCUGCAUGGUCCUGGUCAUGGGUCGCCUCGCCAACGACAGGGACCUGCUCGCGGACUUCCAGAUCGUCGCCGCCCUGCGCUCGUGCACUGACAUUUUGCGUGCCUGCAGCGACUUCUCGCCCACGACUCAGUGCAUCGCCAUAGCCACGCAGGACAUGGCCCAGGCGCUGCUGCUCUGCGCCAGAGAAGGCGAAGGCGAGGUGAAGAACGAAGCUGCAGAAGACGACGAGGAAGGCGACGACGAGGAUGUGGACGAGGAGAACAACUACGACGACAAUGACGACGAAGACGAUGACAGAGAGCGAGAUCCAGACUACAAGCAGGACGACAAACAGAUGCUGCAGCGCAUGCUUCAACAGCAGCUGCAGCAACAGCCACACAUUCGACAACACCCAUCGCCACCCUACGCGCCACCGCUACCUGUUCCACAGACGCUGCCAUCACAGUCACGACAGUCAGCCCAGCAGUCCCAACCGGUGUCCCUGCCCCAACAGCCGUUUGCACAGCCGACGGUGCUUGCGACCCAGCUCGCGCUCUCGGACUGCCAGCCACAGCAAGCCUACUACUACUCUGAACAGCAGCACCACCACUACCAGCAGCAGUUGUACCAAAGCCAGGAGCUCGACGACAUGGCCGAUAUGGCCGACAUGACCACCACCGUGUCGUCGGCCGGUAGCCAGUCUAGCAGCAGCCCGGACCACUCCUACAUGACGGCCGUGCCCGGCAACCACAUGUACGCCCACGACCUGUCUGGCGACAUGUUUCACGACCCGUCGAUGCCGUGGAACCUGGCGGACAUCUCGCAGGCACUGGGCGAGUGGCCGGAGCCGGACCACUGGUGGCAGUGA